UGCCCUGCCGCGCCGCGCCGCGGGCUGUCCGGCCGGCCGGGGGCGCGCGGCGCUGGCGGUGACGGUGCCGGCGGGUGGCCAUGGUGGUGUUCGCGGUGCCUGCAGAAGUCGCUGUGAUCCUGCUGGAUAUCGAAGGCACCACCACGCCGAUUACCUAUGUCAAGGACACACUAUUUCCGUACAUCAGAGAUAAUGUUAAAGAGUACCUGCGUAUGCACUGGGAAGAGGAGGAGUGCCAGCAGGACAUCAGCCUUUUGAGGAAACAGGCUGAAGAGGAUUCCAACGUGGAUGGCGUUGUGCCUAUUCCUUUAGAAACUGGAAAUGGAGAAGAUGAAGUGGAACAGGUCAUCCAGGCUGUAGUAGACAAUGUGCACUGGCAGAUGUCCCUGGACAGAAAGACCACAGCAUUGAAACAGCUGCAGGGUCACAUGUGGAGGGCAGCCUAUGCAACUGGACACAUGAAGGGAGAAUUCUUCCAGGACGUGGUUCCAGCCAUCAGGAAGUGGAGGGAAGCAGGAAUGAAAGUGUAUAUCUAUUCUUCAGGGAGCGUGGAGGCCCAGAAGCUUCUAUUUGGAUACUCAACAGAAGGUGAUAUUCUAGAGCUCUUCGAUGGCCACUUCGAUACCAAAAUAGGUCACAAGGUAGAGAGUGAGAGUUACAGGAGGAUUGCGUCAAGCAUCGGGUGUUCAACUAACAACGUUCUCUUCCUGACAGAUGUCACUCGAGAGGCAAAUGCUGCAGAAGAAGCAGACAUGCACGUGGCUGUGGUCCUGAGGCCAGGUAAUGCAGGGCUAACAGAUGAUGAGAAGUCAUAUUACAGUCUCAUCACGUCUUUCAAUGAACUGUUCCUGCCUUCCUCCACUUAGGAGAACUUGUGCACAUGCACAAAAGACCAAACUACACCCGCUGGAAUUGUCCUUGUGUCAUCUUUAAUUAUGUUGGUAAUGAGAAUUUUAGAAGAUAUGUACAGGAUCCAUGACCGUCUGCAGAAAUUGAUUUAAGUAUUUUGGAGGGGAUUUUUAAUGCAGGGAAAUUGAGGCCUGUCAAAGUCUGUUGGAGUUGUGAGUGGUGCGAGAAGCAGCAUCUAUGAAGCCUGUGUUUGAAUAGCUUUCCUAUCAGGGAAUUUAUUACUAUAGGUUGACUGUUCUGCCAGCCAACCACCGGGUAAUCUAGUUAUGACUUUUGUCACUUAAAAACAUUUGUCACUUAAAAACAAACUAUUCUGUGAACAAAGAAUUUCUCACACUCCCACAGACUUGACUCUUACAAGGAAAUAUGAACGUCCCCCUUCCAAUAAGAUCUGUAGCUCUCACGCUGGAAGUUAAAUUAAGCGAAAUUACUGUCUUAAGAGGUUAAGCUCUAUAUGUUCAGGAUAGCCAAAGGUAAAUGUCACAUGUGGACCCAUGAAGUUUGGAGGCUGCAGUUAGAUCCGCCAAAGAGGAGGUUUAAAUGUAAACCCGCUUGUGAUAUUGGGCUAGGUACUGCAGGACCUGCUGCAUGCUAGAGCCAGAUUUCCAUUUAUUUCAGAAACGUAGCCCUCUUAGCAAUAAUCCUGAAACUUUCCUUAAGCAGCCAAGAAAUGGUUUCACUAACUUGUAACUCAGCUCAGCUCUAAAUAGACAUUAGAAAAGAUAGUUCGUGGCUUUGGCACUACCUGCUGCACUUGAUAUCAAUGAAUGAUUACAAAAAUACAAACCAUGUAACAGCACCACUUAACCUAUGCCACUUUAUACUAUGUGGUAAAUAAAAGUACAAUUGUCUUCUGCCUAAAAUUCCAGUAUUUGCAUUAUCCCACCAGUGGCCAGCCUCUAGCAUUGGUGGAAGGGUUUUCUUACCUGUAACCUGCUAGCUUUCCUUCAGUACUUCCACGCCCUUCCCCAUUGUUUCCUGCAGGCCAUGUGAGCCUUCUCUUGGAGAGGAAUUGGUGUGACACUCAAAACCUUCCUCUGCUUUCAGUGGUAGUUCUACACAUAGUAGGAGAGCAGGAGCAGCAAGUUGGCUACCUGUUGUUAACAGCAGUCAACACAGGGCCUAAGGGUCUAAUUCAUCACUGCCUUGCACUUGUUGUAGGUCCCUUGCACCUGUGGGUAUAAAGCACUAUCCAAUCAGAAUGGUAGUGUUUACAGCUGUGAAGAAUGGGUGUAAAAUAGCUUAGAGUGUGAGGCAGUGAAGAAUGGCCUACAGGGAAUCCUUUAACUCAAGGAACAUCAAGUAUUCCAGUAAAAUGUACACAAACCCCAGCCUCUCUUGCUUGUGCAGAAAAGGUAGCGAUGGAUGCUACUGCAUAUUUGGACAUGUGCUUGUCUUUGUCCCUCACCGUGCAUGUUUUACCGGCACAACCGGACUGCUUCCGUUUUUUUGGCUAAUGGUUUGAAACAUGUCAAGUUUUACAACUUUAUCUACUUAAACAUGGUAUGACAAAAGGACCCAGAAAUCCUUACUUCUGCCUAGGUCGUCCUAACAGCCCAUGCAACCAAAUUCAUGAGCAGAACAGGAAGGAAGGAAGGAAUUUUUUUCAUAGCGUAUCUGUAUAAUUCACAGAUUCCACCUUGUCCAGGAUCCUUUCUGCCUGACUGGGAUCGAAGAACGUGUCUCCACCUAGCCUGUGUGGGGGCUGCCCCCUGCAGGGGAGAGAGAGAGACAAUUCUAAUACCAUGAGCCACAGCAGUGGAGGUUUAGUCUUCCCAGUGGUGGGGGUAUUUGAUUCUACCAGGAUGUGCCCCCUACAGGGAAGGGAAAAGGUGCCAUGUUCUGCCAUCAGAGAAGUACAGAAAGCAGCUAUUCACUCUCUACUGCCUCUCAUGGGGACCCACUGAGCCAAAGCAGCUCCUGGAAAGAAUAGGUACCUGGAGGUGGAACGGACUUGCUCUUUCCCCAGAAUGUACCAGAUAGAGAUCAGUUCCUGGAGUCUUCUAAGCAUUCAUGGGUGCGUAGAAGACAGCCUUCCUUCCCUGUGAGACGCAUUCAUCAGCAAAGAAACCAAGGGGAAGCUGUGUAGGGUCAGGUUAUGAUUGGAGGGGAGAGGUGUGAACUUAUCGCCCUGAUAGUACUGUUACUACAGCCUCUGAUGCCAGGAGGGGGAGGGAAAGUGAAGAUCCUAGGGUCGCAUGUUGGGAUGAGAAGGUGCAUUUCACCAGCUUUCGUACCAGUAUUUCCCAUGUUUAACUCUAGGAAGCGUUUGUGUGUAGAUUACGAUGCUCCUUCUAAUCCAACCCCUGAUUAUUUUUAAAUCUCGUUUUUAAGUUAAUCAUGAUUUUUAAAUGUGUGGGUUUGGCAAUACUGUGCCUGAGAACUAGAAAGUAAAACAGGCUCACCUGUUCUACUACCCAAAUGUGGGCCCUGAGCCUGCAUUCAGUUGGGUACAGAGGGCCCAUUAUGUCCAGGUAAGAGGAUUUCCACAGGCUCUGCGCUAACAGAGCCAAUAGCAGGACUGGGCCUUAAACAGAAUGCCAAGAUUAAGUCAACGUUAUAAAUGCUCAAGUACAUUUGUAAAGUGCUGUGGCAGGUCAGUGGUGCUAGUAACACAGAGAUGGUCUCUGCAAAAAAAUAAAAUGCAUCUUGACAUCACAUCCCUUUUAAACGGGGAUGGCAGGUCCUUAGGGAAGUAGCUGCCCCGUUUUAAGAGAGAGACCCAGCUAAUCUGAAUACAGCUGUGGCCCACUACUUAGAGUGAUCUUCGCCCUAAACCAAGCACACUGCAGAAAUGUACCAGAUUCACAAUCCUUACUGCUACAGCCGUAUCUGCAUGACUGACUGGGCAUUGGAUUUAGGUAAAGUUGAUGUGUACCAUUGUAUUUCAAUGCAAAGUGAGUAUCUGCUCACAUCUUGUUCCAUUUGUCAUAAUGAAACUGUGUAUAUGGGGGGGGGGGGAAAUAAAACUCAUUCUUUCCAUAAAAGUUUA